AUGCGCACUGAGGCAAGCCGAGAUGUGCUUACCAUGGGUGGGGGAGAUAAAAAGCGCGAAUUCGAGUUGCCUGCAUUGAAGCUGGCCCAGUUGCUGAACUGUAGAGACAUCGAAUUGGAGGGAUUGGGAAUAGAGUAUGUUAACACCAAGGCGGAGGAUGGAGAAAGCACUUUCCAUGCGGCUUUGAUUGCUGAGGUUAUAGAUGGGCGGACUGUCGACUGUGUUCCGCUGACGAGCUGUGAGGACCUUGACUCGCGAGUGGAUGAUGAAGAGGCGAGGAAAGUUCCGUCUGUAAUCCUUUCACUGAAAGUGCCGUCAAAAACUUAUGUGGACCUCGAGAGCCCCCCGCAGAGCGAAACUGGAUGA